UUAGUGCUUUUUCCCGAGAUGCUGAGAUAAAUAGAAAUUAAUUUUGGAAAAGCGAUUUUCUUUUGUUUACCACCAUGGCCACCUAUUCCAAUCAGCACUGGCUGCUUUCCCACAUCCGGAACUCCUUCAUCUCCACGGAUGACACGGGCAUGUGUGAAACGGUGAUGCUGAGCGAUGACAUGCCUAAGCACUAUUUGCGCAAAUUUGGGAACUCGGGCGCUGGAGGGGAUCACUACCACAGGAGGCGGGGGCACAAGCCACCGCCUGCCGGAGGCGGGACCACGCCCGAGCGAAACACCCGCCAUCCGGAUGCACCGCUCCAGGAGGUGGACUUUAUCUGCUACCCGGGACUGGACCUCAGCGACGACGAGGAGGAUAUGUCCACGCACUCUUUCGACAUUCAGAUGUAUCCGGAGGUGGGCGCCCAUCGAUUUCGCUCCAACACUGCCCAGAAACUAGAGAAACUGGAUAUAGCCAAGAGGAAAGCGGCGCGUAUUAAAAGUAUCAACUACCAGGAGGAAGUGCAGCCGCCCGACAGCGAGGAUUUCUUUAGGCGCAAAGAGCUGCCACUCAAAAAAGAUGAACCCGUGGAAAAACCAUCCAAAACCAACGAGGACGAGUUGUCGGACGAGGGUAUUCAGAGCCAACUCACUGAGCAGCUGGCCAAGAGUCCGAAGCAAACCCAGAAUCGCUUCAUUGAGUUCGCCCGCUUCGAUGGCACUUCCCAGGUGGGAAUGCAAACCAAGAGGAUCAACGUGUAUCUAAAUAUGCUUCCCGAACCGGAUCGCAACUAUCCGUUGAAGAUCUGCGUCUUAGCCACUGCCAAAAUCCAGGAGGUCAUUGGCUAUGUCUGCUACAAGACCUCCUUACAGUAUCCCGAUGUUCCUUUAAAGUCCCUGCAGCAUUACGCUUUGUACAUGACGGAGGAUAAUGACGACAUGGAGGACUUUCCGCCUUUGGACAACCGCGAACCCUGCUCCAAGUUUGGCUUCUCCCAUCUCACACUAGCCGAACGUCGGCCCUUAGCUCCGGUGACCCGUGUGGAUUACCACGGCCAGCUGGGCACCAAAUCCAUGACUUCCGAGGAGGACAAAGCGGCGCUGGCCGAGGCAGCUGUCAAGGCUCUGCAGAAUAUCAACCUAAAUGGAGGGAAGAGUAAUCCAGGAAAAGGAGAAGAUAGUCCUAGUGACUAUGUAAAGGAGUACGAGAAACGCCUGCUGAACCACAAUGACAUGCUGGAAGCCCCUAUGCACCGCACUUUCCGCCUAAACAUCAUAGACAAAAGGUUCUUCAAAUCCGAUGUGACCCUUGGCAUCUCCGGCGAGAGAAUAGAGAUCGAUCAGUACAAGAACGCCAAGUUCUGGCCGCAGAAAAAACCCGUAUCGACUCCCAUCGAUUUGGUGGCUCACUGCGAGAUUGUGGAGCGACGGCAUCUGAAGGCUCUGCUGCGCAUCUGGCUAAAGUCCAACUCCUCGUCGCCUUCCUUCACCACCGGCUGCGCUUCGGCGCCGAUCAAUGCCAGCGUGACCACUCUGAAUAUGGGAAGUGCCAGCGCGGGGAAUGCCCACUCGCCCAACAGUCCGGGACACUCGUCCGGUUUCUUCUCGAGCAGCAAUAUUCGCUACAAGCACUACGACUUCGACACGGACACCCACACGGCGGACCAGAUCCAAAGCAAGCUGACAUGCAUCCUGGAGAUGCGGUCAAGCGAGCUGAGGCGCGAGUUCCUGCUGCAGCGCGAGCGGAAGAUGGAGAAGCGGCAGCUAAAGUUGUAGUAUUUAUUCCUAUGGCGGCGGCUGCUGCUCGUGUGCCUAGCAGGCGGGCUACUGCCACUGCCGCUGCCACGCCCCCGCCUACGCCUCCGUUUCCUGUUCGAUAAGUUGUAUUAGUUGCUAACUAAAGAUUGUGUUACACAUGUUUGCCUAGCCUGUAAGUAUUUAUUGAACUCACCUAACUACGAAUCCUGGUCCUGAAAAUAAAAAUGCAAAAACACUUUAAA